AUGAGCGACAGCGGUGAUGAAGAGGACAUCACAAACUUCAAAGAGCUUCAUAAGAGGACCGAUAUGAAGAUUGAUAAUUCUAAAGCUUUGAGAUUUUACAUUCGAGCUGCGGACACGAUGUUUAGAACCGCGAAAGCAUAUCAAAACGAUGGUGCCAUCAUUCGAGCUUACAUGUUGUACCUCCGCUACAGCACGUUGAUCAUAUCAGAGCUACCAUCGCAUCCAGAAUAUCUCAAGACCAACCAAAAGGAGGUCAAAAUAUUAAAGGAGAAUUGUAAACAAGCCUUGGACGCUCUUGAACUAUUGAAGCCUGUAGUAGAGCGUAAAUUCAAACAAUUGGAGGUCAAGAAACGAUCAAACCAGCAACCCCCUACACGAUCUAGCACUCAAACACCACCGCCACCAGCUGUAGCUUCUUCGUCGAAUCAGGCUCCACCUCGUGGCUCAAGUCUUGCUACAGCUCUCCCAAAUCAGGCUCCUCUUGGGGCAAGCAACAUGCCGCCACAGAUAUCACCUUCGGCAUCUCCUGUUCCGUCAUUCGCACCGCAAGAUGAUAAAUGGUAUCAGGUCAAAGAUUUGAGUGCAUAUCGGCAAGUGGAAGAUACGUUCAAAAACAUGAGUCUGAAUGAUAUCGGAAGUGCUGAUUUUCGACGCUCGAGCGCAAUCAAAAACGAUGGUAGAAUAGAACUGCCCAGAAGUCUAGACUCGUAUCCAACGCUUCAACAGAAUCAAAGUGAAAGCCUGAACUAUCAGCCUAGACCUCAACCACCUCAACCGCCACCAAAACCAAACAGAGCUGUACCAGCCUUUCCACCUAAACCGGUGCUAGAGGAUCCAUUCGCAGACCCGUCAGAAUUAAGGUCGUAUAUUCCGCCCUUAGAUCCAUCGCAGGUUACGUCGUAUGCCAAUAUAAAGACACCUUCUAUACCUCCCAAACCUGUAGCCUACUAUGGUCUUGGUUUGAUGCCUAAAACUGAGAGCGGGACCAGAUUACGAAACCUCAUUGUGCCUGAAGAAAUUUAUGAUCUUUUUCUACGUAUUGCAGACUCAAAUACUAGAAAGAAUUUAGAGACGUGUGGUAUACUCUGCGGCAAGCUCAAACAUGAUAGACUAUACGUCACAACCCUUGUAAUACCAAAGCAGACGGCAACUUCAGAUUCAUGUACAACUCAGAACGAGGAGGAACUAUUUGAGGUCCAAGAUAAAGAAGAUUUAUUGACUCUCGGCUGGAUACAUACACAUCCCAGCCAAUCUUGUUUCAUGAGUAGUGUGGAUCUUCAUACACACUGCAUGUUUCAGGUCUUGAUGCCAGAAGCUAUAGCAAUUGUGGUCAGUCCAAAGCAUAAUCAGCGUGGGAUAUUCAGACUGACAGACCCUCCUGGUCUUGAAGUCAUUACUCAAUGUGCUGCAAGUGAAAUGUUUCACCCACAUCCGGAUCUACCGUUGUAUCGAGAGGCGAAUGAAGAGGGCAUAGGCCAUGUAUUAUCUGUGAAUGGGUCUCUUAAAGUAUUUGACUUGAGGUAA